AUUGAUGAGAGAGAAGAAGAAGAAAGAGAUUGAAGACUAACCAAAACAACAAAACCAAACAAAGAGAUUAGUAUUAUGUAAAUGUAAUGUAAUGUGAAGAUUUGAAGAAACAAAAGAAAAAUUAGUAUUUUAGUAUUGUUUUUGAAACCUUCUCUUUUACUGUAUGUAAUGUGAGUCAUGUCACUGCCCAUCACCUACCACUGAUAAUUCAAUACCUUCUUCUUCUUCUUAGCCCCACCACCCCAUUUGCUUCUCCUCAGAUUUUCAUGUGCUUCUUGUGUUCUUCUCCAUUUCCCUCCAACUACUUACAUAAGGGUCAAAUAACUGCUUUUUUGUUGGGUUUUUAGAAUUUUCAUUUUUUGAGAUUGGAAUUAGAUACCCUUUUGAGCAUUUUAGAAAACCCAGAUAGCAAAAUUUGAUUUUUUUGAGGUUUUUUAUGAUGGGUCUGAAUUUGGGUUGUUACAUGAAUGAGGUUUUUGGGAGGUGAUUAGAUCUAGUUUUGUGGAGGAUUUUGUGUUGUGGAAAGGUUUAUUUGACAAGAACAAAAUGGCAUCUGAUCUAAAUUCAGGGUUGUCAAAGAAAACAAAUGUUUUUGGAUUGAAAGCAUGGGUAUUAAUGGGAAUAGUGGUUGGUUUGUUCAUUAUAAUCAUUCUUGUGGUGCUAUCGAUAUGUCUUACUUUAAGAAAGAAGUCUAGAAGAGGCAAGAGUGGCAUGCUUCCUCUUGGCCAUAUUCUAUCUAUUUCAGAAGAGAUCAAAGAAAUUAGUGUCGAUCAAGUUUCAUCCAAUAAUCACCCGCAUAAUGGUUCUUUUAUGAGCUUGAAUGAUAAGUUUAGUGACGGCGAUUCUGGAAAGGUUUUGAUCCAAACCAAGAAUGGAGAUAAUAGUAGUCAAUCAGGCUCAUUUAAUCGUUUAGAGAAAGAUCUGAAUGGCUCUCAGUCAGGUGAAGAUAGCGGCGGUUUUAGGAGCAUUUCGGCUUAUAGGUCAUCGUCGCAUCCUAUAUCCGCGCCAUCGCCGUGUUCUGGUCUGCCUGAAUUCUCUCACCUUGGUUGGGGCCACUGGUUUACGUUAAGGGACCUUGAACUUGCAACAAAUAGGUUUGCAAAAGACAAUAUUAUUGGUGAAGGUGGUUAUGGAGUUGUCUAUCGAGGUCAACUUAUCAACGGGAAUCCUGUGGCCGUUAAGAAACUCCUCAAUAAUUUAGGACAAGCUGAAAAGGAAUUUAGGGUGGAAGUUGAGGCUAUUGGUCAUGUGCGGCAUAAGAACUUGGUUCGGCUUUUGGGUUUUUGCAUCGAAGGCACUCACAGGUUAUUGAUUUACGAGUAUGUUAACAAUGGAAAUUUAGAGCAAUGGCUUCAUGGAGCCAUGCGGCAGCAUGGCUAUCUUACUUGGGAAGCUCGGAUGAAAAUUCUUCUUGGAACAGCCAAAGCGCUGGCUUACUUGCACGAGGCAAUUGAGCCAAAAGUUGUACAUCGAGAUAUUAAGUCGAGCAAUAUUCUAAUUGACGAUAGCUUUAAUGCUAAAAUAUCUGACUUUGGGCUUGCUAAAUUACUUGGUGCUGGAAAAAGUCACAUUACAACUAGAGUAAUGGGUACUUUUGGAUAUGUAGCUCCAGAAUAUGCCAAUUCUGGCUUGUUAAAUGAGAAGAGUGAUGUUUAUAGCUUUGGUGUAUUGCUUCUUGAAGCAAUUACAGGAAGAGAUCCGGUCGAUUAUAGCCGACCAGCAGCCGAGGUAAAUUUGGUUGAUUGGCUCAAGAUGAUGGUUGGGUGUAGGCGCUCAGAAGAGGUGGUGGACCCCAUGAUUGAGACUAGGCCAUCAACAAGUGCUCUAAAGCGAUCCCUCUUAACUGCUUUGAGAUGUGUUGAUCCAGAUUCUGAAAAAAGACCAAAGAUGACCCAAGUUGUUCGCAUGCUUGAAUCGGAGGAAUAUCCCAUACCUCGAGAGGACCGAAGACGGAGAAGGAGUCAAGCAGGAAACACGGAGGUAGAGAGCCAGAGGGAGACUUCUGAUACCGACAAAAGUGACAAUCCAGAUCAUAAAUCAAAUGGAAGAAGGAACCAAAACCUUUAGAGAUGGUGAUCUCAAAAGUAUUUCCAAGAAAAGGAACACAAGUGAACUUGCAAGUUUUGCAUUCUUUUGAGAUUCUGUAAGUUCGUAUGCCGAGCACGAACCAGCUACUUUUGAAUGAAUGGUUUAUAAUAUAUUCCUAUUAUUUGUUGUUAUAGCUUUAGGUGUAGAUGUUAGAAUGUAGAUUGUUGUGUAUGAAUAUGGACUGUGCUCUUUUACACUAAUUGUGGUGUGUGUACAGUUGAUUACUAUUCUUUCCUAUUGUAUUUUCAUUUAUAUCAUCUUCCAGAAGGAACUGGCCUUACUCUCUGGAAGACCAGAAGAAAAAAAAAUUACUUUAUUUUUGCUGUGAA